AUGACGCAAUUCAAGACUGCUUCCAUGAAGCCACUCUUUUCCGAUCAGAAGGCCUUUGGGGAGUUUGCGAUCUUUGAUGAACCGCCUACCAACCAGACGUAUGCCACAAGCCGAUGGGGCCUUGAUAACCCUAUCACGACGCAGCAGGUCUCCGGAAUCGUCAACAACCAGGCCGUGAACGCCGCAUUGCAGAAACCCCUUUGGGCAAAUGUCACUAAUGCCGAAGGUCUCUGGGGCACCUUUGCUGAACAGGUUUCGAGACUAUUCGUCCCGACCAACUUUGGCAAUUUCGCAGAAUUUGCCACAACCGCCCAUGGUGAUCAGGGUCCUGCUGGAUAUCUCUCUAUCGAGAUGUUGCACAACUGUAUUCACGACUUUACGGGAGGCGUGGGCUGGACUCCUGACGUGCCUGCCCUUGGUACCGACAACCCGCCGCCGCCGGGUGCUGAUUCUGCGGAUCCCCCGCCGAAGUACGCCUACGGCCACAUGACCGAUCUCGGCCUUGCAGCUUUUGACCCAAUCUUCUGGCUGCAUCAUUGCAACGUGGACCGCCAGCUCGCGAUAUUCCAGUCACUCAACUCCGUGCCGUGGUGGUCCGGCCGGAGCGUGACGAUUGACCCCGCCUCUGACUCCCCAUUGUAUCCGUUCCAUUCCGACACCAACUUUGGACACUGGACCUCGGACGAGCUGCGGGUUUGGACGAAUCUGGGGUACACCUACGACGACCUUUCGCCGACAAAGGGGUCUAAUGCUCCCGCAGUCUCCCCCGAGAAACUCAUCGGCCGCCUGACAGCCAAGUACGGCGUCCUGAGGAACCUUCUGAAGGACGUGUCUCACAAGAACAUUGCGGGGUUGGACAACGACUUCAUCAUCAACGUCUUGUACAACCGUUAUGCUCUCGGAGGCCGAAGCUUCAUCAUCUACUUCUUCCUCGGUACUAACAACGGCAAGGCCUCCGGCCGCCCUGAGGAUAAUCUCUGGAGCGAGGAUUACAUUGGCAGCAUCCACAGCUUUUCCAGGAACUGGAGGAAGAGCGGCGUGGCGUGCGCCAACUGCAACAAGCAGCAGAGCAUCCAACAGCUUUCAAAAGGACAAGUGCCUCUGACGCUGCAGCUUUUGAAGAGGGCUAUUAACGAGGAAAAGUGGAACGACAUUAAGCAUCUUGGUGCGGAGCACGUUCUCGAGUACGUGAAGAAGAACCUGCAUUGGAGAGUCGUGGCUCUGCCCGGCGAGGUUAUCGAGCCGCAAAGAAUGCCAGACCUUAAUGUCUCCUUCCUAGCGGGCAAGGGCACUCAUCCCGAAGAUCCGGAGAAGCCUUCGGAGUUCCAUCACUACGAUGAUGAGUGGAGGGUUACGAAGGGCAGCGAUGGAAACCCCCGUUGGGACCAGAUUAGGAAAGGCGGAAGGGAAGUCUAA